UUGUAUACAACUACCCCCGAUUUCCAUUUUUUUCCCUAACUCGUAAUGUAUUUAAUUCAAGUGAAACGUAAUCAUGACGUGUGUUGUCAUUAAUCUCCUCGCCGCCUCUCCCGGGACUGUUGGAGGUGGUCAGGCAGAUUGCCAUCAUAAGAACACACCCUCUUUAAUUCAAGGAAGUGAAGCAUGGCAUAGACACAUCAGCAAGUAUGGAUUCCCCACCAGAAUGUAUGCUGGCUCUUUCCUGUGAGCCCCCACUGUCUCCUCCCUCCAUGCCAUCCCUAGACCACAGUCCCCAAUUCCUUCCCCAGAGUCCUCAAUCUACCCCUUCUAGCCCUCAAACUGAACUCUAUGCCCCAGUCUCACCCUGCCCCCUUCCUGAGGCCAGCCUCCAAGAUGAGGAGGAGGAGGAUGAGGAAUUGUCAACACCCCCAUCACCCACCCCAGCGGUGGCGCUGUUUCCUGGAGAACUGGAACUUGGCAGUCCCUCAUCAGAGAGCAGCCCUCCAGCCACACCACUGGCACCUUUCGCUGGUUUUGGAGCUCUCGAGAAGGCGAUCUCCUCCGGACAAAGUACCACCUGCGAUGAUGAGUUGGAUCUUCAGCUUUUCAACAAUGAGAGCAUGGCUGUUACUGGAGGGACUAGCUCUGGGCCUGGCUUAAGGUUCCCUUGUCAUGUGUGUGGAAAGAGAUUCCGCUUUCAAAGUAUUCUCUCUCUUCACGCUCGAGCACACAGUUUGGACAGAGAGCGACGUGCUUCAGCUCCCUACCGAACCACACACUCCAAACUCCAGCAAAACCAUGAGACCAACAGUAUAAUCCAGAAUCCAUUAUCUGGGUCAUUUCAAAAGAGUAUGAAUGAAGACAUGGUCCCAGAGGAACCUCUUCAAACUGCUAGCAGCCCUCAGUUCCUCUUUGAAGGAACCACAGCCCUGACUCCACCUUUAACAGAGGAAGCAUCAAUCUCAACCUCCUUCUCUCCACUUGGCCAUGCCCACUUGGAAGACAACACCCCCUCCACUGCUGCUCCUGCCUUUCGGUGUCAUGCUUGUAAGGGAAAGUUCCGUACCGCUUCAGAGUUGGCACGUCAUGUGCGGAUUCUCCACAACCCCUAUAAAUGUACAAUGUGUCCCUUCUCUGCAAGUCAGGAGGAAAGACUUGCUGCACAUCUGCAGGAGAGCCACCCACCUGAAGAUCCUCCUGCUGAAACAGUUUUCCCCUCUCACGCUAUAAAAGCACCACCAGAAACUCCUGUCCCACAAAUGUCUGUUGUUCCAGCUUUCCGAUGUGAGACAUGCGGGCAGCGUUUUACACAGUCCUGGUUUUUAAAAGGGCACAUGAGGAAGCACAAGGACUCAUUGGAUCACAAGUGCCAGGUGUGUGGCCGUGGUUUCAAGGAACCAUGGUUUCUCAAAAACCAUAUGAAGGUGCAUCUCAACAAGCUAGGCCUCAAGGCUGGAUUGGGAAAUCUGGGUGGAGCUGGAGUUGAUCAGUCCAAAGGUCCUGCAAGCUCACAAGUGCUGGGGGCCCUUUAUUCUAACUUGCUCCUGGCACGCAGCAUGGCAGGUGGUGGUGGUGGUUCAGGAAGUCGCACAGAGAGGUCAGAUGCUGGUGCAGGCUCAAGCAAAUCCUCUAUAUUGGGCUAUCUGGGCUUACCCAAAGAUAGCAGCAAUGGAAGUUGCAUGGAGCGCCUUCAGGCUGUGGCACAGGUUGCAGAAAUGGGUAAUGGAGGAGGACGGGGAGGUGACUCAGCAGACGGAGCAGACCAGGCAGCCAUGUGGCAGCUGGUUGCCCGCAGUCUGGUGGCAGCACAGCACAACCAACAGCAACAACAGCAGCGAUCCCAUUCACUCCAUCAGCAUCCUUCAUCACGAGCAACAGUUGCUGGGGAAGCCAAGAAUAUGAGGGCUUAUCUCGGUGGACUUGGUUCUAGAGAGGAACUGGAUGGAUCCAGUGCACCUUGGGAGUGUCCAGAUUGCGGCAAGCUGUUCAGAAGCCUCCAGCAGGUGGUUGCUCAUGCCCAUGUCCAUGUCCAGAAAACACAGAAAGGUCAAAGUGCCAGAGGGAGCAUGUCCAGGGAAGAGGACAUUAUAAACAGAGUCAGUGGAACUCAGGCAACAGGCGGAGCAGGACAGAGAACUAGUGAAAAUGAAGGCAGGCAGGAGGGAAAGCAGAUCCCAUCAGGAGUCGGGGCAGCUGGGAGCUUCCAUUCUGUCAUAUCACAUCUUUCUGGUCAGAACGGUCUGAGGGGAUCAUCCCCUUCAUCUUCAUCUCCAAGAGAGCGUGUUCGUGGAACAGGGAUGAAAGAUUGCCCCUACUGUGGAAAAGCCUUCCGGUCUUCCCAUCACCUUAAAGUGCACCUUCGAGUACACACAGGCGAGAGGCCAUACAAAUGCCCCCACUGUGAUUAUGCUGGCACCCAGUCUGGCUCUCUCAAGUACCACCUUCAACGUCAUCAUCGUGAGCAAAGGAAUGCUAUGGCAACCUCCCCAAACUCUCCAUCACCUAGCCUACCAUCUCUGACCGGGUCUCCCCGCGAAGGUGCCAAAAAACGUCGUCUCCCUUCCAUGUCCCAGCAGUCUUCUUUUGGGAGGGUUCCUGGAGAGGCUCCUUCUUCAAGGCACACACAGUCUUGGACUAUGGGCCUAUCAGAGAAGAAUGAGGGCUCUUCUGCAUCUGCACAUCAAAGAGAGGGAGACCUAGAAAGUCAGUAUCGUGGUCUGUCAGGGAUGAUGGGUGCACUCUUACCUAGUGGUCUAGAGCAAAGUUGGAUUGGGGAGGUAACACUUCCCAAAGUGCCCAAAGUAUCUAGACGAAAACCCCUUAUUACGAGCCGCUUGGUGUCAGCAAAUGGCUUCCAGGACAAGAUGACAUCCCAGGAAGGAGGCUUCGAACCUUUGGACCUUUCCCGUCGACCUUUACAAGAUGAAGGAGGAGUGAGCCACUCUGGAAGUGGACCUUCAAGUGGCUCUAAAGGGGGGAAUGACAUCCUCAAUCAAUGUGUGUUCUGUCCCUUCCGGACCUCUUCUGUGGAACUGAUGGCCAUGCACCUACAAGUUAAUCACACCAGCAAGUCUCGACGCAAGAGGGGUGCACCUAUCGGUUCCAACAAUCAUUCUCAAAGAUUGGCCAGGCCAGAUCGUGAUCCCCUGGCUUUGUGGAAGUUCCUCGGUGUAGAGGAUGGAGUCGCAUCUCCUGAAGAUUGGGUCUCGGCCAAGGGAAGAGUUGAGAAUGGAGUCAGUCCUGAGAACAGGGAAACAGAGGACAAUUUUGAGCUGCCCCCUGGAGCUACAGGAAGUUUCCAAAGCAUAAAGAAGCGGCCUAAAAUGAGCGAGCAUGUGGAUGAGGAAGACGAGGAGAUCGAUGAGGAGGAGAAUGACCUUGAAGCAAAUGGCAGCUUUGCAAAUGUUCCCCAGAAUCAGAGCAGAAGGGCUCAGUCGGUUUCGUCAGACCUCCUGGAUGAUGAUUUGCCCAGGGAGGAGGAAGGUGUCUUGGGGAAUAGCAUCUAAAGAGAGGCUUGGAUAAGUUUGUAGGUAGAGGGAGGGGAGAAAUGUUUGGGAAAUAGUUGUCUGUUGCAUCCCUCAAACCAAGAGCAGACCAGUCGCUAUGCUAACAUACUGUACAGCACAUAAUCAGUUAGCAGAUCAGUGUUCAAUCCCUUCACAUACCCUCCUAGACCCCAUUGGUUAGCGAUCGAUUACCUCUACACACACACACAAAGGAACUCAAUCAUACAGCGAUAUCCAGUAUUGUAUGCUAGUCUAAGCCUGUCUGUCUCGGGGCCUUUUUGAACACUGUUCUCUAGUUCCUGUCUUCUCGUCAGUGAACACAAUUGCCAAGUUGUAUUUCAAGUACAAUUUCCUUGCUCCUUGCUGUGAAUUUUGCUCUCAUCUCAACCAGGACCUGGAAUGUCAAUCUGGGAAGCCGGAAAAGCAAAAAAGAGACACUGUUCUUAAUCACUAUGAUAUACAGUAUUAAUGCUGAGAGAGACGCUAAGCGAAUGUCGGACGGACAUCCUACUUCCAUGUAAACUUGACCUGACAGCACGUCUUCAGUAAACCAAAGGAGUGAGCACACUUCUUACCAUGCACCUGCCAGACUCUGAACAGAAUGCUGUGAUAACUAAAUGGUACUCGCGAAUCACCUCCUAACAGAACCUGGCAGAGUAAAGAUUAUAUUAACAGAUACCCACACUGCCAGUCUACUCCGACGGGUCUUCUUCAGAUAUUAUAUGAAACAGAGAUUCUGCCUCGUCUAUAUGCUAUUUCUCUCAGUGCCUGUUGAUGUAAAAGGUUUUUAGCAGAUUCAACAACACAGUAAUAUAGUUACGGUGAAUAUAUACAGUAUAUAUGCGUAGUUGUGCUAGAGCGUAGAGUUCUGUGACAAUAUGGUGGCAGUUUGUGUGAAUAUAUCUGCUGUGAAUGAAUCAGCGAAUGAACCUAGAGCACUACAUGUGGGAACAGCUGGCCGUUUGAUAGGGGCCCUAUGGACGUGUUUACAUUUCAGAUACCACCAGGUUUUCCCGGUGGAAACCAGACCACCGUUCCUAUGAAAAAGAGUUCAAAUUUCAGGGUUUGAAAUCACAAUCUAGAAAACGGAGACUCUGCAAUAUGUCCAUCAUAUCCCUGUGAUACUUCCAUCUGAGAAAGGGUGGAAAGUGGGUCUCUACUACUAAAACAUUCAGUUUGCUGUUUCUUUUUUAAUGUGAGUAGACAUUCUUUUAUAUCAAAAAGGAAAACACACACACACACACACACACACACACACUAACAAAUUCAGACAUCCCAGUAGAACAUAUGUAGCUUUUGUAAAGAUAAGAGAUCAAAAAGAGGAUUAAAAAAGCGUUGUUUUCCUUUUAAGAAGUGUUAAUGGAAACGGAUAUGGAGAAAAGUAAUAAGUAUUAUAAUAAUUAUGAAAGAAGACUGCUUCAGAAUGUCUUUAGAGCACUGUGCAAAGUUUCUUUUCCCCCUUGAACCCCACUUUUGAUUUGCCUUUACAUGCGCACCAAACUUUUGGUCUUUCUUCCCAAAUCAUUUCUUCAUAAUGCUGCAGAUACAAUUCCCAUUCCCUUAGAUCAGGGUUGUCCAAGCUCGGUCCUGGAGGGUCGGUGUCCUGCAGAGUUUAUCUCCAACUUGCUUCAACACACCUGCCAGGAACUUUCUAGUACAGGAUUGUCCAAAUUAGGUCCUGGAGGGCUGGUGUCCUGCAGAGUUUAUCUCCAACUUGCUUCAGCACACCUGCCAGGAAGUUUCUAGUACAGGGUUGUCCAAACUCGGUCCUGGAAGGCCGGUGUCCUGCAUGGUUUAGCUCCAACUUCCUUCAACACACCUGCCUGGAAGUUUCGAGUAUACCUAGAAAGAGCUUGAUUAGUUGGUUCAGGUGUAUUUAAUUGGGGUUGGAACUAAAAUAUGCAGGACAACAGCCCUCCAGGACUGAGUUUGGGGACAACUGUUCUAGUAUAUCCAGUACGAGCUUGAUUAGCUGAUUCAGGUGUGUUUGAUUAGGGUUGGAGCUAAACUCUCCAGGACACCGGCCCUCCAGGACCAAGUUUGGACAAUCCUGUACUAGAAACUUCCUGGCAGGUGUGUUGAAGCAAGUUGGAGCUAAACUCUCCAGGACCAAGUGUGGACAUCCCUGCCUUAGAUGAUGUGUUUAUAUAUUCAUCAAUCAAUCAAUCAAUUAAUCAAUCAAUCAAAAAAAAUCAAUCAUUCAGACACACAAUCAAUGUUAAAUCUUGCCUGAUGAUCUUGAAACUUCAGCGAUUGCUAGUGUAUUUAUAAGCCGACGCUGAGACCGUGUCCAAGACAUGUCCCAGUAUCAGCACCGUCAGUCUGACUGAUCCGCUUGCCAAAUUUGAUUUCAUGUAAUUGUGUCGCAUUUUUGAUGUGGAAUUAGCACAUCACACAAACGAUGAUCUACUUUCCUUGUCCAACACUCAAAUGUGAAAUCAUUUCCAUCUCAUUUUUAUGGUUAGACACGCUGAGUGGGCGGUACUUUUGUCCCGUGAUUGACAGAGGCUGGCCUUAAUACGUGCGUUAUCGUGUCCUUGUUUUGUGUGUCGAUUAUCUAAUGCGUUCGUUCGGUAGCCCCCGAUGUGGUUUUUCCUUCGAGAUAACAGUCAAGCCACUGUGCCUUCUGUCCUGAGCACUUCCUCAAGUAUUUUGUACGCUCACCAAAAGCACUUAGCCCCUACUGUUUCACUUUGUAUUCUUCGGUAAACUGUGUUCUCUGUAUCUGAUCCUCUGUUUUCUUGAGACGUCAGAUGUGGGGGUGGUCGUGUCCAUGUCGAGAAAAAAAAACAAAAAAACGAGCGUCAUUCUUUCAUUCAUGCGUGCUGUGGCAUCUCCUCAUCUUUUAGCGAAUGCACCGAUGAAAGCUUGCGUGCUAUCUAGCUCCGAGGCCUUUGUUUGUAGAAGUUACUUUGAUUUCUACGAUGUUACUUUGAUGCCGAUGAGAUGAAAUCAAGCUCUUCUGCUCAUAAUUAUUAUUAUUAUCAUUGUUCUUUUUUGUUUUAUGGAAGAAAAACUAAGCAAACAAACAAACGAGAAAAAAAAAAAAACAUGAGCAAAAUGUGUCUUUUGAAUGUUGUACAGAUAGAAAUAGAGAUGUUGUGUUUUUAACAAGAGAUCAAACCUCGACACCUGUUCUCCAUCGCUCCCCUUGGAGCCAAACAUCUGCAUUUGUGGUCAUGGUAUAUGGCUCUUUUAGGAUGGCCUAACUGUGUGUACAGGGAUCAGGGCAAUAGUUUUGUUUUGUAUGUUUGUUUUGUAUGUGUGUGUGUGCAUUGAUGUCUUAAAAAUCUAUUAAUAUUUUGUGAAGAUAUACUGACACUGUGAAAUAAGCAUAAAGUAUUCCCAAACAGUAA